AUGUCUGCGCUCCGAAAAGAACAAAACAAGACAGUUUUAUCUAUUCAAAGUCAUGUCGUACAUGGUUAUGCGGGAAAUAAAGCGUCCGUAUUCCCACUUCAGCUGAAUGGGUUCGAGGUAGAUCCGAUCAACAGUGUCCAAUUCAGCAACCAUGCGGGUAACGUCGAAUUCUUGAAUCUACCUAAAAGAUAUGAAUAUGUGAAAGGUCAGAAACUUACAGACGUAGAGUUAACUGAAUUGUACGAGGGCCUGAAGCUCAACACUGUCAACCAGUACUCAUUUAUACUUACAGCUAUUUAUUGUCCAAAUUACCCUCGUCUACUUUCAGUGUGUGAUCCCGUUAUGGGAGACCAUGGAAAAUACUACGUUUCUAAGGAGCUUCUGCCUAUAUAUAAAGAAGUGAUCGUACCGCUAGCUGAUACCUUAACGCCUAAUGCUUUUGAACUAGGUGAGUUAGUGGGCUUUUGUAUAACUAAUGAAGAAGAUUGCCUUCAUGGCAUGGACGUUAUCCACGGUCUCGGAGUCACAAACGUUGUUGUUACAAGCGGUGUGGUAGCAAGCGACGGACCCGAUACCCUUACCUGUUACGCGAGUGAAAAAGGGAACAUACGCCGGUUUCGGUUUCGAUUCCCACGAUUGCGAGGACAGUUUGUGGGCACUGGAGAUGUUUUUACGUCAUUGUUAAUUGUUUGGUUGACCAAUUGCAACAAUGACAUACGUGAAGCUGUUGGUCACGUAUUAGGCUGUAUGCAAGGACUUAUACGCAGAACUAGCAAGUAUGCACAAGGUUAUCCUAAAUGUUACAUAUCUUAG